GCUGAGAGGGCGCGUGCAUGACUAGUCAAAAAACUUACAGACUUAUAAAGUGAGCGUCGAGAGAUCUUCUGUGCACUGCACUUCAGGAGCAGCUCACACAUUGUCUGAAACACUCAGCCUUCACUACCCACACUAUUCUACACCUUAUGCACUUUAAUGGCUCCCUACACACUCACGUACUUCCCGAUCAAAGGCAGAUGUGGUGCCUUGAAGAUGAUUCUGGCGGACAAUGAGCAGAAGUUGAAGGAGAACCUGGUGUCCAGAGAGGAGUGGAUGAAGGGUGAUAAGAAAGGCAGCUGUCUCUUUGGACAGUUGCCUAUAUUUGAAGAUGGUGACCUGGUCCUGUAUCAGUCCAAUGCCAUUUUAAGGCAUGUGGGUCGCAAACAUGGUGCAUAUGGAAAAAACGACUGUGAGGCUUCUCUUAUUGACAUGAUGAACGAUGCAGUUGAAGAUCUUCGCCUAAAAUACAUCAAACUGAUCUACCAGGAAUAUGAGACUGGUAAGGAAGCGUACUGCAAAGAUCUGCCCAACCACCUCAAACCAUUUGAAUCUAUUCUGUCCAAAAGCAAAUCUGGAUUCCUAGUUGGUGAUCAGAUCUCAUUUGCGGACUACAACCUGUUCGACCUUCUGCUGAAUCAUAAAGUCCUUUGCUCUGCCUCUCUGGACUCCUUCCCAACUCUCAAGAGCUAUGUGGAUAAGAUUGCUGCCCGGCCCAAAAUCAAAGCUCUCCUGGAGUGUGAAAACUUCAAGAAACUUCCCAUCAAUGGCAAUGGCAAGCAGUAAUUCAGUAGAACAUUCUCAAACAAUGGCACUUGCUGUUAAAAGGCCUUAACUGGUGCUCUGUGAUUAGCAAAACAUCUCAAGUCUUUGUAUGAACGUCUAUUUUGUAUGUUUAACUGUUUUUGAUAGUUUUUACUAACCGAAAGCCAUGUGUCAAUUAUUAUGAAUAAAAAAAAUGUAAACAUCCAGAA